AGAAAAAAUAUUAUAACGAUGUCAAAUCGAUAAGGUUAAGUCAUACGUAACCUAACUGUAAUGUUUACUUACUUACAUAUGAGUAUAGUUUUUACCACAAAACAUAUAAAUCGUUAACCACUGUGAUUUGUGAUUUUUAUUAAUAAAGAGUUAAUGUAAACAUAAAUUUGAAAAUGGAUUCUGAAGAGCAUUUACUUGCAUUGAAGGUUAUGAGAUUAACAAAACCUUCUUUAGCAAGUCCACUGCCUAUUACCUGUGACAGCAGGGACUUACCAGGAAAUUUACUAAAUAAUGCUUUGCAACAGGAUCCUACGGCAGUUGAGGGUACUGAAACUUUGUGUGCUGGUCAGUUUUUACUUCUCCCACAAAAUCCUGUAAAUAUUUAUCUUGGUGAAACGUUUUCCAGUUACGUGUGUGUCUACAGUGAAACUAAACAAGAUGUAAACAAUGUUACUGUCAAGAUUGAUUUACAGACUAGUUCACAAAGACUGCCGCUUUCUGUAAAUCCCCCAAGUCCUCUCCUAACGCCCAAUGAAACUGUUGGUGUGAUUAUCCAUCACGAGGUCAAGGAAAUAGGAACGCAUAUAUUAGUGUGCGAGGUAGGUUAUCAAACGGCAAAUGGAGUCCCAAUGUCAUUCCGAAAGUUCUUCAAAAUUAUGGUUUUAAAGCCUCUAGAUGUAAAGACAAAAUUCUAUAAUGCUGAAAAUGAUGACGUUUAUCUCGAAGCGCAGGUUCAAAAUAUCACGGCUGGCCCGAUUUGCUUAGAGAAAGUGGCACUGGACGCAUCCCAUUUAUUUAAUGUAACUUCUCUAAACAUGGUUUCAAAGGAGGAGAGCAUAUUUGGCAAAACAACUGUUCUUCAACCACAAGGUAUUUGUCAGUUUCUGUAUUGUUUAUCACCAAAUGAAAAAUUAUCCGCAGAUUUAAAGUCGCUUAGCGGAGCAACGAAUAUAGGAAAACUUGAUAUAGUUUGGCGCUCGAAUUUAGGCGAAAGGGGUCGUUUGCAGACUAGCCAACUUCAGAGGAUGGGUCCAGACUAUGGAGAUAUUAGGAUGUCUGUGAUUGAGUUACCGAACUUUGUGGCUUUGGAGGAAAUCUUUACCUUUAAAUGUAAACUGGUUAAUAACUGCGAAAGAACGGUUGAUUUAGUGGUGUAUUUGGAAAAUGUGGAGGGUUUGGCUUGGUGCGAUAUAUCGGGACGCAAAUUGGAACCUCUUCUGCCCCUUUCACACAAAAUAUUAGAGUUUAAAUGCAUCCCAUUGAUCCCCGGAUUGAGAACAAUAUCCGGAGUUAAACUACUGGAUACAUUUCUGAAAAGGACGUACACUUUUGAUGAAUUGGGUCACUUGUUUGUGAUGUUGAAUGGUCCAAAAUAAGGAGAAAAAGUAAAGGCCUAGAGUUACUGAAAUUAUAUUGUUACGUUCAUUAAAAUAUUUAUUAAGAAUU